AUGGUCUCCUCUACUGCAACAUCAAGCCCAUAUACCCAACUAGUACUGACCAACACCGUCUCUUCUCCAACAGGCAACCACGCACAAGCCCUCGCACUGGCGGCGUCAACGUUCAACAUCUCGUCGUACAUCGUAAUGCCGAAAAUCAGCACGCCGUCGAAAAUCGCCGGCACACGCUUAUACACGGGCAACGUGAUCUUCAGCGGCUCGACGAGCACGGAACGUGAAGCCGUGACCAAGACCAUCAUCGCCGAGCACGGCGCCAUCCUCGUCCCGCCCUACGACCACCCAGACAUCAUGCUCGGCCAGGGCACCGCGGCGCUCGAGCUGGAGGAGCAGUUCUACGAACAAGUCGAGCAGCAGGAGCAACGACAACGACAAAACCCCCCGUCGGCAUCCGAAGAAGGGAGAGGCAGCAAAAGGAGUCUGAACGCGGUGAUCGCGCCCUUGGGCGGCGGAGGCCUGCUGGGCGGGACGGCGACGUGGUUCAGCGACCAGGGCGCGACGCUGGUGUUCGGGGCGGAGCCGAGCUUCGAGGGCGCGGACGACGGGCGGCGCGGCGUGCUGCAGGGCCGGCGCAUCGAGCACGUCAAGACGCUGACCAUCGCCGACGGCCUGCGCACGCCCGUCGGCGUCGCCAACUGGGCCGUCAUCAGCGACACCCGCAAGGUCGAGGCCAUCUACAGCGUCAGCGAGGCCGACAUCAAAAUGGCGAUGCGCCUGGUCUUCGAGCGCGUCAAAGUCGUCGUCGAGCCCAGUGCGGCUGUGCCGCUUGCCGUGUUGUUGUUCAACAACGGGUUCAGGGAUUUGGUCGCCGCGAGGCAGGCGGGGAUGGAGAUCGAGGAGGGAUCGGAGGGGGGCGGGGGUGGUGUUUGGGAUGUCGGCGUUAUUUUCUCCGGCGGCAAUACCACCUUGAAGGCUAUCAGCGGGCUGUUUGGUGUUGAGGGCGAGAAUGCCGUUGCUGGCUCUGGCGUAGAGCCGGAGAAGGGCUCUGAUGUCAAGAGGGCCGAGGGCACGGUGGCCGCCGAUGGGAGUACUACUGUCGAGGAUGUUGCUGGUUGA